AUGACCGAGAAUUCCCAAUCUCAGCUAGAGCAAUCACGACUCCCACAUGACGCCUAUACAAUCGCCUGGAUUGCUGCUCUUCCCAUCGAGCGGGCCGCUGCAGAAGCGAUGCUCGAUGAGGAACAACAUGCAACUCCAACCGAGCACAACAUCGUCAUCGCCUCUCUGCCUGCUGGGGUCUACGGAACCACCUCGGCUGCUACCACGGCUUCGAGCCUGCUUGCCUCUUUGCCAUCCAUCCGUGUUGGUUUUUUAGUGGGUAUAGGCGGCGGCAUUGCUCGACCAGAUGAUGACUAUGAUAUAUGUUUGGGAGAUGUUGUCGUGAGCCAGCCUAGUGGGAGCAUGGGCGGGGUCUAUCAAUACGACUUGAUUAAGGCAAAGUCUGGUGGCAAGCAUGAGCUUAAAGGCUUCUUAGGGAGGCCUCCGACAGUCCUUCUUAAUGCGAUCGCCAGCAUCCAGGCCAAUCAUGAGCGGAGGGAUUCCAAGAUUUCCUAUUUCCUUCAAGAAAUGCUAGAGAGAAACCCGAAGAUGGGCAGGAGAUAUAAGAAAAACCCUAGCUAUGCUCACCAGGGCUUCGAGAAUGACCGCCUCUUUAAAGGUUCAUACGACCACAUCGUAGGCCCAGACUGUUGGAGUUGUGACCCGAGUGAUGAAGUUCAACGCGAUCGUCAAGAUGAUACUGACCCCGAAAUCCACUAUGGGAUCAUCGCAUCUGAUAAUACACUUAUCAAAGAUGCUGCUGCUCGCGAUAAGAUUGUUGCUGACAUCGGCGAGGAUUGCAUCUGCUUUGAGAUGGAGGCGUCUGGCCUGAUGAAUCAUUUCCCUUGUCUGGUUGUCCGGGGGAUCUGCGACUACGCCGAUUCUCACAAGAAUGAUCGAUGGCAACGAUAUGCUUCGGCGACUGCCGCUGCAUAUACUAAGGAGCUUCUAGCUUAUGUACCAGCUGCAGAGAUCCAAGAGACCAAAAGGGCACUAGAGGUACUUCAAUUAGUCCAACAACAGAUCGAGAGCGUGCAGCAAACUAUAGUUGAGGCAAAAACUGUAACCGAUUCCAUCAGAUCCGACCUUCAAACUGAUCAGAUUAGGCGAUGGCUUCGUCCCCUAGAUCCGUCUACAAAUGCCAACCAUGCGAGGACACUGCGCCAUAAGGGGACAGGCGCUUGGCUCCUGGAAAAUGCCGUCUUCCAGUCGUGGCAUUCGGGUUCAUAUCAAUAUAUAUGGCUACACGGACUUGCGGGAUGUGGAAAGACGGUUCUUAGUAUAACUGUGCUUGAUCAUCUCGCGAAGGGAAAUGACGGCCUUAUUCUUAGCUUCUUCUUUGACUUUAGCGACACCAUAAAGCAGACUUUGGAUGGCGUGCUUCGCUCUCUUGCUUUCCAACUUUACCGAAAUGGAGUUGACUCUACAAUUAAUCUUGAUGCUUUAUUUCAGAUAAAUCAAAAUGGUAAAGAGCAACCCACAACAGAGGCGCUCUGGGUCGUUGUUUUUAAGAUGCUUAGAGCCCAGAGGAAGGUUUCUAUCAUUAUAGACGCAUUAGACGAAUCAAAAACGAGGGAUAAAGUUCUUGAGUGGAUCGAAGAUGUGGUAUCUAGACCAGAGUUGGACCAUGUCCAGCUGCUUUUUACCGGGCGACCUGAAUCCGAAUUUCUGCGCCACAUGCCCCCUUUGAUAGGAGAGAAAAACUGCUUACCUAUAGAUAAGCAGGCGAUUAACUCCGAUAUUCGAUCGUGGGUCGCAGCUCAGCUUUCUCAACGGCGUGAUUUUACAAGGAAACCCUUAUCCGAGAAUCUUCUCGAAGAGAUCUGGAAAAAGGUAGGCGAUGGAGCUGACGGGAUGUUCAGGUGGGCGUUCUGUCAAUUAGAUAGCCUGGCUCGAUGUCGUCAUAAGGCAGCUAUAGAGGAGGCUCUCGCAUCUCUACCUAUAGAUCUCAAUGACAUAUACCAGCGCAUGAUCAAAGGAAUACCAAUAGAGCUUAAGAGUGACGCUAUACGCCUGCUAUAA